AGAUAGAACUGCCUUUGCUUACGGGAAUCACAUGUUUUUGGUACCACGCAGGAUUUCCAUAAUGAACCAUCAUAGCUACAGGAAAGAAAACAUAAAGCCCAAAUUUAAAGACUUCAAGAUUUGGGCCACCCAUCUCGGUGGUCCAUUGGGCAUAUCACUUGCACCCUACAUUCUUAAAAACCCAUCACUUCAUAGAUUUAUUAAACCAUGGGCAAACGCCUUUGUCAACGCCGCCGGAUAUCGUAAAGUCGGACUGCGCUAUGACGACCUCUUAAUUGAAGAGCGGGAUGACGUCCAAAGGGCACUUUCUCGCCUCCCCGAAAGAGAGGCCUACGACAGGGUCUAUCGUUUACGAAGGGCUUUCCAAUGCGAUACAAUGAGGCGUCAGCUUCCCAGGGAUCAGUGGACAAAGCCAGAGGAUGAUGUCCGCUAUCUCGUUCCUCACGUGAAUGAAGCCAUCAAGGAGGAUGCAGAGCGUGCCGAAUGGGAUACCAUGGAUGUCUCCAGC